AUGGUAGCCACCCCAACCGAAACAGAGUUAUUGGAUAAGGAUACACAAAUCAACACGUUAAAUGCUCUCUUGCCAGUUUUGGGUGAAUUUGCAUCUACCGUAAUGGCAUUUUCACCACCAGCUGGAACUAUUCUUACUACAGCAAUAGGAAUCAUCCAUGUAGCUUCCAUGCUGAUGUAUAAUGAUCCAGAAGAGGGAAAGGACAAUAGUGCUAUUUCAAAUGUCAAUUUCAUGCAAUGUCAUGAAAAAUUGAUGGAACAAGUUCAAAAAUCCGAAGAAAAUAUUAUUCAAAAAACUGCUGAUUACAUUGACAGUGCUGUUGUGGAGUUGAAGUCUGAUGCAAUGAUGACUGAAAUGUUAAAUUCAUUGACAUAUAUACGAAAAAAAUCGAAUGAUAAUAGGGAAGAGGUUUUGGAUAAUAGUAUAGUUGGAGAUCAAAAAGAUUCAAUAAUGAAGGAAAUGCGUGAUCCCAACAGUGUUUACAGGGAUCAUUUGCAUUUUUUCAUUCCAACAUUUAUAAAACGUAAUAUAAGUUUGGCAGUGCAUACAAAUACCGAAAUGUUUGAUUAUAUUUUGCAAAAGAACACAUUAUUGGCCAAGAAAAAUGAAGACAGUCACACCGACUCAUUGCACAGCAAAAUUUUCAAGACCUACUUAGUUAUUGCUAAAAUUUUAUCUGACGGUUAUGUUUUACCAAUUGCUGCUCAAGCAAUUCAAUACCAACAAGAAAUUGCUGCACAAAAAUACCAAGUUGCCAAAUCAACCAAGAAAAGUACCUUAAAACUUAUGAAACAAUACGAGAACGAUAUGAAGGCACUUAUUGAUGAAACUAAAGAAUGUUUAGAAAAAGCAUCUCGUGAAAUCCGCAAUACUGGAAAUUUCUUAAUUGAAAAUAAAAAAACAACUGAAGCCUUAUCAUUUGCCAAAGUGUUGUUUAAAUUCUUUUCAAUUGGCCAAAAUGGAUGUAAUGAAAAGGAGGGUCCAUUGAAAUUUAGUGAUUACGAAGUAGUUGAUAAUUGCAAGCCUUACUCAGAUUAUGUUGAACCAAACUCUCAAUUGACUCUUGCAUCAGAUUCUAAUGAUUCUGAAAAACCCUACAAAUAUAUUAACUACAUUGCACCUAACGGAUUUGAAGGUGUAUUGGGACAUAAGGUCGAUGGUGAACUAGUUGAAGAACCAUUAUCAUCAGAUGGAAAUUGCCCAACAUUGUUUUGUAAUGGUUAUAAAAAGAACGCAGUUUCAGUUUGCUUACAACGUCUACGAGCUGAACCUGGAAAUGUCAUCACUGGAUACCGUUUCACAGUUUCUGAUGAUGGUGUUCUUUGUUACGAUAUUCAAGAAGCCAAAUUUAUAGACACUUUGACAGUUGAUGCCAGUACAGUUAAAUGGACAUCACCACAACCCGGCGGACGAACUGUACCAUUGACCGCGAAAAUAAAUAAAAUCCAAACUGGUGACUUUUCGGUUGACAAAGGUCAAUUCGUGACAGAAAUUCAAAUUAAACAAGGAAAUCGAUAUGAUCGAACAUCAGACACUUUAUAUGUCUGUGUUGGAGGUUCAAAUGAAAGAGGAAACUGGAACAGUUUUACUGAUUGUGACAUUUCCCCGAUUCCAGCAUCAAAUGAAAUUCAACUUGAUGGUGAUGAUCCAGCACAAGGUCCAUCAAAUAAUUUGAUCAAAUUACCCCCAGUUCCAGGACAACGUAGCUUUAUUAAAUUGCAACCAUCUAAUUUCAAAAAGGAUUUGGGUCAAACUUCAUGUCCAUUGAUUGAUAUUAGACCAGUUGUAUCGAAUCCCCCUUCACCAAUGUCCGGUUUUGGAUUGUAUAUUGAAGCUGCAGAAGGAUCUUGUGGUAUUCUUGCAGCAAAAUUAAUAUCACCAGACUUGAGCGAUAUGGCUGAUAUUAAUCAAAUUAAACUUGCCACUGAUGCAACAAAGAGUGCUUAGUAAAAAAACAAAAAUAUUAUUAAAAUAUUAAGCCACUUUGGCAAAUGUUUUCCUUUUGAAAAUAAAGUAAUUGUAAAA